AAGACCUGAAAUUCCAUUACUUGUAGCUGGCUACCCAUCUCUGCCUCUGUUGUCCUCAUCCCACUUAUUGGCUGUGAUUUAGCGGUAUCGGAUGCCUAAAUCUGGGUCAGUUAUUGGUGUACUUACUUACUGCGAUCGGCUGUAAGGCUGAGGUGCCAGAUACCAAAUUCUGGGCAAAUCAACUUGUGUGCUCAUUUUCUUGGAUCGGUUUAGGAUGGUUAAAUCUGGCAACCUGCGUCGGUCCAUAUUGUACUUUCCCUAGCAAUCUGGCAACCCAAGCUGAGUCGUCGUAUUCUCCCGUUCUCUGAUUGGCUGUGAGUGAGCGGUGCCGGCUGUAGUUGGCGCGAACGUGCACAGUACCGCGAGACAAAGAGCAUCCUGCUGCAGUCAGGGGUCUUGCUGAUCUGGUUUACUGCAUUAUCGUUGUGGUAAUAUCACUCAUAGAGCCGGCAUGGCUGACAAAGAAGCGGCUUUUGAUGAUGCAGUGGAGGAGAGGGUGAUUAAUGAAGAAUACAAGAUCUGGAAGAAAAACACACCAUUUCUUUAUGAUCUGGUGAUGACCCAUGCACUUGAGUGGCCCAGCCUUACAGCACAGUGGCUGCCUGAUGUCACCAGGCCUGAGGGUAAAGACUACAGUGUCCACCGGUUGGUUCUUGGCACACACACCUCGGAUGAACAGAAUCAUCUCGUUAUUGCCAGCGUUCAGUUGCCUAACGAUGAUGCUCAGUUUGACGCUUCACACUACGACAGUGAGAAAGGGGAGUUUGGUGGCUUUGGCUCAGUGAGUGGAAAGAUUGAAAUCGAGAUUAAGAUUAACCAUGAAGGAGAAGUAAACCGAGCACGCUACAUGCCUCAGAACCCCUGCAUCAUUGCUACCAAAACUCCCACCAGUGAUGUGCUAGUUUUCGAUUAUACCAAACACCCAUCCAAACCCGAUCCUUCUGGAGAGUGCACUCCUGACUUGCGAUUGAGGGGACAUCAAAAAGAAGGAUAUGGCCUGUCUUGGAACCCCAAUCUAAGUGGCUGCCUGCUGAGUGCCUCUGAUGAUCAUACAAUCUGUCUCUGGGAUAUCAGUACAGUACCUAAGGAGGGGAAGAUCGUUGAUGCUAAGACUAUUUUCACCGGUCACACUGCUGUGGUUGAGGAUGUUUCAUGGCAUCUUCUGCAUGAGUCUCUCUUUGGAUCAGUGGCAGAUGACCAAAAACUUAUGAUUUGGGAUACACGUUCCAACAACACAUCCAAGCCCAGUCAUGCGGUAGAUGCUCACACUGCUGAAGUCAAUUGCUUGUCCUUCAAUCCUUACAGUGAGUUUAUCCUUGCCACUGGCUCAGCUGACAAGACUGUUGCACUAUGGGAUCUGAGGAACCUGAAGUUAAAGUUGCAUUCAUUUGAGUCGCAUAAAGAUGAAAUUUUCCAGGUUCAGUGGUCACCUCAUAAUGAGACGAUCCUAGCCUCCAGUGGAACAGACAGACGACUAAAUGUCUGGGACCUUAGUAAAAUUGGUGAAGAGCAGUCCCCAGAAGAUGCUGAGGAUGGACCUCCAGAAUUACUGUUUAUUCAUGGUGGCCACACAGCUAAGAUCUCUGACUUCUCCUGGAACCCCAAUGAACCGUGGGUGAUUUGCUCUGUGUCUGAGGAUAACAUCAUGCAAGUCUGGCAAAUGGCGGAGAACAUUUACAAUGAUGAAGACCCUGAGGGAGCAGCAGACACAGAAGUCCAAGGAUAAAACAACAUUGCAGAACUUUCAGCCUUUACCACAUCGCAUUGUCUCCACAUAACCCUGCUCGUUUCCAUCUUCUGAACUGGCGAACAUUACCAUUCACCCAUGUAUACUCAAAAAACAGUAUGUCCCAAGAGAAGGAGAAAAACGACUGGAAACAUUUCUCUUUUUAAUAUUAUGAAUAGUGUAUUUUUCUAGGAGUAAUUUGUGGCUCUUGUUUUUCAAUUCAGAUUUGCCCUCCUUUUUUAAAAUUCUACUCCACAGCCUCUUUACUUAUUUGACAAUAGAAACAUUACAAACCAUAAAAAAAAUAAGCCAUGUUUGAGUAUGUGCUUGCCACGGUUUGAUCGUGGUGGCUGUCGCUAGGGGAUUUAUUUUUUACAUGAGUGAUUUAAGCAUGUCAGAAGUUCAGGUGGUCACUUAUUCCUUAUUUUGUACUUUCUCAGUAGUGAUCUGCUGUUGUUUGUCUUUUUCUUAUUAUAAUGCGAAAGCAUUUUGUGGCUUUUCAGUGUCUGUCCUCUUUGUCCAUGCUGUUGUACAGAACAUUCAGAAUAAACUUUUUCAUGAACUGA